AGCGUCUCCUCUGACCUGAGCUUUUGCGAACUAAAAUAAAGCGCCCCCAUUGACUCAUAUCCAGUUUACGAAUUGAAAUACUCCGCCAUGUUUAUUCUAUCAGCUGAGCAAAUCGGUUCUCGAGUACACUUAAUGCCUGAACAAAACGAUAAAGUUCUGGAUUUAGCAACAAAAAAUUUGAGGAUGACGGGCGUAAAUAAUUGUAGCCAUAUUGACAUGAACAAUAACUACAAAGAACAAAUGGAAAUGAGAAAUAAUGAAGAAACGACUUCAUUAAAUCCUAAUGAGUUUAAGAUCACAGAGAACAGUAUUAAAAACUCUAACAUUAUUCGUCUAAAAAACAUUGAGUCGAGUGAUACUGGUUCUAGUUCAAAUAAAUUAGGCGAUUCUCUUGCAUUUAAAUAUGCAUUUGCAGUUCCUGAAUUCCGAAAUAAAAAAAAUGCACAGGAAUUUCCACCUUGUGUUGUACGCAGGCUCGGUUAACUACGUGGGAAAUAAAUGGCGAAAUUCAGCGCCAUCUGCGAUGGGCAGGAGACCUACAAAAGCAUGUAUAAUUGGUCGCCAUAUAUGUGCAUGCUCCUUCCGUAGAUGUGUUGACUAGUAAAAUAAUUUAAGAAAAAAGGAUUAAUAACGACAAAAUUAAGAAAACAAGAAAUGCAAAAAAAGAAGUUAAAGAUAAUUAUCAUUCAAUUUCUCAUUUUACGUUUAUCAUUGACUUAAUUUUGCUUUCAUUUUCGUAUUUUUAGUAGAUGAAGAUAAUUACGAAAAGAGUUAGAAUGUGCAUACGCAUGAAUUUUUAUUUUGUCUGAGGCAGAGUUGACCUGUGAUAUAAAGUUUUUUUAAUAUGUUAUAACCAUACCAGUUUGCGUUUUCAAGAAAUCCUUUUCAUUGAAGUGAUACCGGCAUACGAAAACCCGUUUUGCGGUUGUGGUCUCGUACGGUGAUAGCACCAGACAACACGUGAUAGUAACAAAUGACAACAAGCAAUUUCCCGCGCACGCGUUUUUUACACCAAUUUGCGUCAUCUGCGAUGGGCAGGGGAACUAAUUUGUCUCCCCUCGCUGCGUCUCAACCCUCCGCGCACAAGUUCUAAAAAUUCGUUAUUUUCCUUUAAUGAGUUGGAUGAGCCUGGUUGUGCGAGAAGACUUACUUCAAGCUUUGCAAAUGAAAGAAGAUGAAAAAAAAUGAAGGAGCAACAAAUAAAAGAGAAAAAAAAGGAAAGAGAAAAAAAGGAGCAACUAAAGGGAAAAAAGCAAGAAGUAGUAACAAAUUGUCAAGAGAUAAAGAAAAAGUUAUUGCAAAGAAAGAAAUAUAUAUAUAUAUAUAUAUAUAUAAAAGAGAAAAAAAAUCAUUCAAAUCUGAAUCAUUCCAAGAAACCAAAUUACAACUGGGAGAAGAUUGAAAGAAUCUAGCGACUCAAUUAGAAGAAUUGGAUAAAUCAAUAGCGACUCAUGAAAUGGAAGUUUUGCUAGCAAAGAUAAAAAUUAAAAAAGAGAAAAUAGAAAACU